AUGGUGUCGAAAGCUGCUUUAGCACGUGCGAAAUUCGCCGAACUACGUGCCAACGUACAGUCUGGUAAAAAGCGUACCUACGAGGUCGAACAACAAGAAGAUCUUUACGAAGAGGUCGACGAGGACGGCUACAAGAAAGUCGUACGGGAGCGCUUGAAUCAAGAUGACUUUGUUAUCGACGAUAAUGGAGAAGGUUAUGCUGACGACGGCCGAGAAGAAUGGGACCGGCAACCAGGAUAUGGCACAGAAAGCGAAGAAGAGCUGCCAGUAAAAGGCAAAGCAGGGAAAGCGGCAAAACGGAAACGAGAGGAAGAAAAGGCCAAAAAGGAGAACGCAGACAAGGGGAUUAGCAACUACUUUACCAAAGGCCCUAUAACCGCUCAACCAAAGGCCAAGCCCGUCAAAACUAAAGAAGAAGACGAUUUUAUGGCGAGCCUACUUGGCGAAGUAGACGACAACGUUCCCAGACCAACGACACAUUCAAGUCGGAGAGUACAACCUAAGCCAAGAAAUCGUGCCCUAUCACCUACUCUUGAUGUUCAGCGUCAUGUAUCGAAGAAGCGGAAGUCAUUGGAUACUAGGAUUUCUACACCUCCUCUUGACCUAAAUACCGGCGACGGCGGCGACUUUAUAAUGAACAUGGAUGACGAUACCCACCUCGAUGAUCCACAACCUUCAUCGCCAGUCGCAAGGGCAGUUGAACGAAAGCAAGUCAUGGUAAAGGCAGAAGAUGAAGACGACGACGAUAUGAUGGAAGUUGCUCAAGCUGAGGGUAUUGCUACAUCAAGUGUCAAUAUGUCUGGUACCCGUCCGGUGCCAAAAAUCAAGAAAGCGGAACCAUACCCUUCGCCGGCAAGUUCCUCUCCAGUUCGGGGAGGCGCUGAGCGUGUUGACGCCUCUUCCUGGAACGAUGUCACGCAGAAGUUGAACGUGAUGGACAGCAGCCAAUCUAGCGAGACCGUGACAUUUGGCAAAUUAGAUUACACCGAUGCCAUUGAAGAGGAUGGAAGCCUUAAAUUCUUUUGGACUGAUUAUACGGAAGUCAACGGCAGCUUAUGCCUCUUCGGCAAGGUGAAGAACAAGAAAAAUGGAGCUCAUGUCAGUUGCUUUGUCAAAGUCGACAAUGUUCUUCGGAAACUAUUCUUCUUGCCUCGAGAAUAUCGUCAGCAAAACAUGAAAGACACCGACGAAGAAGUUGGCAUGAAGGAGGUUUAUGAGGAGGUGGAUGAAAUGAUGGGCAGGAUGAGAGUCGGCAUGCACAAAAUGAAGCCCUGUACAAGGAAAUACGCCUUUGAGCACGAAGAUGUUCCCAAGGAAGGAGAGUAUCUCAAACUGCUCUACCCAUACUCAAAACCACAAUUGCAACCCGAAAACCAUAGUGGUGCAACAUUUUCCCGAGUGUUCGGUCACAACACGCCUCUGUUUGAGCAAUUCGUUUUGUGGAAGAAUAUCAUGGGUCCAUGCUGGCUUCGCAUUGAAGAUGCAGAGUUUGGCGUGUUGAAUAAUGCUUCUUUUUGCAAACUCGAGGUGCAAGUCUCGAAGCCUAACCUGAUCUCACCCUUGACAGACUCUGACAGUAUGGAUGCACCACCACUCACAUUGAUGAGCAUUGCUAUGAGGACCGUAUUGAACGUCAAGGACAAUAAACAGGAGAUCCUUGCCAUCAGUGCCCGAAUUUACCACGAUAUCUCGCUCACGGACACUACAUCACCCGAAAAAUUACCCUGUCGUUCAUUCACGAUAAUUCGACCUGUUGCAUCGAACUUCCCACUUGGAUUCGAUUCUGAGGUCAAAAAACGAGCUAAAGGACUCGUGAAACUUGUGAAGCAGGAGCAGGAGAUUCUGAGUUUCUUUCUAGCUCAGCUCCAGACCGUGGAUCCAGAUGUUCUUGUGGGGCAUCAAUUGGAAGGCGUUGACUUCAGCAUUCUUCUAAGCCGACUUCAAGCCAAGAAAACUCCUCAGUGGUCUCGAAUUGGGCGGAUGCGCCGAUCGCAGUGGCCUUCUUCGAUGGGAAAAAUGGGAGGCAAUUUCUUCGCUGAGCGAUCGUUACUCUCUGGGCGACUCUUAUGUGACUUGGCAAACGACGCUGGAAAGUCAACAAUGACAAAAUGUACAUCAUGGAGUCUUACAGAGAUGUGUAGUAUCUAUCUCCCCGGAACCUUGCGCCGUGAAGUUGACAACGAAGCGGCACUGAAGACAUGGGCAACUACCAAAGACGGUCUCAUGGAUUAUGUCAACCACUGCGAAGCUGAUACGUUCUUCAUAGCAGCAUUGGCAUUGAAGGUACAAAUGCUCCCUCUGACGAAAGUCCUGACAAACCUGGCUGGAAACUCCUGGGCACGAACGCUUACUGGCACUCGUGCUGAGCGUAACGAGUACAUUCUCUUGCACGAGUUCCACCGUAAUAAGUACAUUUGUCCUGACAAGGCUGUUUUUAAAGGACGCCAGCAAAUCGAGGAGGAGAACGAUGAGGAAGGUGGAGCUGCCGAUGUCAAGAAAAAGGACAAGUACAAAGGUGGUCUUGUUUUCGAGCCAGAGAAAGGUUUAUACGACAAAUUCGUUCUGGUAAUGGAUUUCAACUCGUUGUAUCCAAGUAUUAUUCAAGAGUACAAUAUUUGCUUCACGACUGUGGAUAGGACAAAGCUGUCUGAUGACGAGGAGCAAGUCCCAGAAGUCCCGGAAGAUCAAGAGCUUGGCAUUUUACCAAAGCUCAUUGCUACUUUAGUCAGUCGUAGAAGACAAGUCAAAAGUCUGAUGAAGGGUAAAUCCGCCACGGCUGAACAACUGGCGACCUGGGACAUUAAGCAACUGGCUCUAAAGCUCACCGCUAAUUCCAUGUAUGGUUGUCUCGGAUAUACCAAGUCUCGGUUUUAUGCUCGGCCUCUAGCGGUACUCACGACGUACAAAGGUCGUGAAAUUCUUAGAAGUACGAAGGAGCUCGCGGAAAGUAACUCGCUACAGGUCAUCUACGGAGAUACCGAUUCCGUUAUGAUCAAUGCUAAUGUCGACAAUGUUGAUGAUGCUCUGAAGGUCGGAAAUGAGUUCAAAAAGGCUGUCAAUGACCGUUACAAGCUUUUGGAAAUCGAUAUUGACAACGUCUUCAGACGCAUCUUACUCCAAGCCAAGAAGAAAUACGCUGCUAUCAACCUCGUCCAGAUUGACGGCAAGUUUGUUGACAAAAUGGAAGUCAAAGGUCUGGACAUGAAGCGUCGAGAAUACUGCAAUUUGUCCAAAGAGGUGUCGUCCAAGCUCUUGAACGAGAUUCUGUCUGGGGAUGAGUCUGAUGUGGUGAUAACGCGGAUCCACGAGUAUUUGCGAGAGAUAGCAACGAAAAUGCGUGAAGACGAAAUCCCGACCCAGAAGUACACUAUAUACACGAAACUCGGCAAAGCACCAAAAGAUUAUCCAAAUGCAGACAGUAUGCCACAGGUUCAAGUCGCUUUGCGUGAGAUGUCUCGAGGAAAGACGGUGCGCAAGGACGAUGUUAUGGCAUAUAUAGUUACUGGAGACGGUAAGAACUCAUCUGAACCUCCCGCCAAACGGUCAUACACCCCUCAGGAUGUUGGAAAAGCAGACUCUGGACUGAAGCCAGAUGUGGAAUGGUAUCUAUACAAGCAGAUUUUCCCUCCCGUUGAGCGGUUAUGCGCGAACAUCUCUGGCACAGAUACAGUACGCCUCGCAGACUGUCUUGGACUGGAUGUACGGAAAUAUAGCAUCACCAACAACAACUCGAGUGGUGGCAAUGAGACUGAAAUUCAUUCUCUCGAAAGUCAGAUUGACGACUCCGUUCGAUUCAUGGAUGCUUCCCGCCUUUCACUUCGCUGCCGAGCUUGCAAGAGGAACUUCGAUUUUGAGGGUCUUGUUGAGAGUGUCGGCCAGUGUUCGCAGGCCGGUAUAACAUGCCAAUGCGGUCAAACUUUAUCAACUCUCUCUGUGGUCGCUCAACUGGAGCAUCAGAUCCGAAAACAGACCAGCAAAUAUUAUGAGGGCUGGCUGAUUUGCGACGAUCAAGCCUGCGGCAACCGUACAAGACAAAUGAGUGUUUACGGACAUCGAUGUCUUGGACCCAAAGGUCUUGCUCACGGUUGUUAUGGAAAGAUGCGAUACGAGUAUAGCGAGAAGAUGAUGUAUAAUCAGUUACUCUACUUUUCAUCCCUAUUUGAUGUCGAGAAGGCGAAGAGCCUGGCGAGGGGAACAGAUAAGGAACAAAUUUUUGCACUUGCUGAGCACAACCGUGUCAGAUUUGAUACCUUAAAGGGUGUAGUAGGAAAGUACUUGGAUAAGUGCGGUAGACAAUGGGUACAAAUGGAUGAGUUGUUUAGGAAGAUUGGUCUCAAGCCAGAUGUCACUGUUUAA